AUGCCAUCCUAUAUCAGCGACUCUCGUCUCAACGGCUACGAAGCGGCUUUUUGUGGUGCAACGGCAGGCAUCGUAUCCAGAUUUGCAACUGCCCCACUUGAUGUGCUCAAGAUCCGUUUACAAUUGCAACCUCAUCGGACAGAGUUUCAGCUCUUGAAGGGGACUGGCAAGACAAGCAAUGGAAUCAAGUAUGCAAGGAUGUUACCAGCAUUAAAGAUGAUAUUACGUGAAGAAGGCAUUCGUGGAUUGUACAAGGGCAAUCUGGCAGCUGAAUACCUUUAUCUACUCUACAAUGCUGUCGAGUUUUGUGCUUACAGGGAGAUCGAGCUUGCUGUUGAAAAGAUGGAUGCUCAAAACAAACUACCACGAUCAGCAAAGACAUUUAUGGCAGGCAUGUUUGCUGGUAGCGUAGCCACAGCUGCAACUUAUCCAUUGGAUCUACUUCGAACACGAUUUGCUAUGCAAGGAACAAAAAAGCAUUACACGGGGAUUGUUCAAGCUGUACGGUUGAUUCAUCAAACGGAAGGGAUUCGAGGAUUUUAUUGGGGAGUUUGGCCUGCUAUUGUUCAAAUCAUGCCGUACAUGGGGAUGGUGUUUAUGACUUAUGAUGGGUUUGCCACAGCAUUUGAAAAAGCAAGAGAAAACAAAAUUCUAUCGGAAAAACACAAACCCAUCCACGAUGCAGCCAGCGGCGCGUUAGCAGGUGUCAUAUCGAAAUCAGUGGUCUAUCCAAUGGAUGUGGUACGCAAACGCUUGCAAGUACAAGGUCCUUAUCGGAAAGAUUACGUGAUCCAAUCCAUUCCUGAAUAUGCGAGCCGUUCCUGGAUAAAGUGCAUGCGACUCAUUGCUGAGCAAGAAGGUGUCAGUAGUCUUUAUAAAGGCUUGAACGUCGCUCUUAUCAAGGUUGCACCUGCCAUCUCAUUGACCUUCUUUGUAUAUGAAAAGACGAAAAACGCUAUAUUGGAUUUCAAAUCGACAUGA